AUGGAGCAAACUCGUAGUGAACUGGAUGCCUUAUCUAGUGGCAGGCGAAUCUAUCUAGGCAACCUGCCUUACAAUGCGAAGCCUUACGAUAUCGCAACCCUCCUCGGGGAGAAUGGAUUCAAUGAGUUGGAACACAUCCAUAUCUCGGUUGACCCAGUCAGCGCCCGAAACCCGGGAUACUGUUUCGUCGACUUUAAUGACCGUGAAACUGCUGACCGAGCUCUUUCCGGCUUAAAGGCUUCUAUCAAUGGGAGGCCCGUCAAAGUUGGUCCAUGUCAACCCAAGAAGCAGAACAAGCCCCGCUGGUUCAACGAAGAUGAUCCGGUCAACAAACGUUGGGGUGAUUGGAGCUCUAAGAAUGGCAAUUACGUAAGUACGGAUCAGACACAGAGAGGUCCUAACUGGGCACUGGACCACUUUGAAGAUAUGGUAGACAAUCUCGGGGGACGGAGACUAUAUGUCGGCGGGUUGGACAUGAUGGUCAACCAGGCUUUACAUAACACAGAGAUGACCGAAUUGUUUGCCGAAUUCUGCCCAACUGCGAUUGGAAAAAGAAUCACGCCGCAUGAGAGCCAAAGAUCUCGAGCAGGCAAUCAUCAUUACUGUUUCGUUGACUUCGCUACCAAGGAACAGGCAACAAGAGCAAAAAACGCACUAGAUGGUCAGCCCUUCGGAGAAGACAAUUUGAAGGUGUCAUUUGCAAAGCGGAUCCCGAAAAAGCUGGUGGGAAGGCAUACGGUUAACAGAGAGAGCCAUUCCGGGCAUGACGAAAAAGCAUUUUAUCGUUCCAGCAAUCCUUCUUCUGAAAACAGGGCCCAGGAAUCCAACAAUUGGCGUAACAAGAGCUAG